AAACGGGGGACAGAAAUAUAAAAGAUGGCUAAACUUACACGUAGUGUAUCAAACUUUAAAGUGAUUUGAGUAUUGAAGUUAGAAAUGUGCCUUAUUUAUAUUAUGUGUUAAUAAGUAAUUACCAAACUUUUACGAAGCCGUGUUAGCACAAGACGUGGCUUGGAGAAUGUGUGAUUUAAGUCUAAAUGUACAGCUGUCAGAGACUAAUACAUUACUUAAAGCUGUUUCUGCGAUCCCCGAUAAGAAAGGAGGAGCGAAACUAAGGAGAAAAAUCGAAGCAGAAUUGCGUUUUUUAAAACGUGUUACAAAAGAGGAACAACUAAGAAGCACCAACCUACCUUACCUAGCUGCUUUGUUUAAUUGUUCCAUGACUGUAGAAGACUUGGUGGAAGUAUUGAAGCCUUUUCCUUAUACCAAUCAAAACAACAAACAACAAAAAAUUGUUGUUGAUAUAGUUGCUGGUUGUGGUGAAACAUGGAUUAAAGUUGUAGCUCGUAAACCACAAGCAUUAUUUAUGACUUGCUUAGGUGCUAGUGGAUAUGGGAAAAAGUCCAUUGUAGAUCAAGCAAAAGAACUAGUGUCCGCAGCGGAGCAGAAUUUAUGGAUGUUUAAGCCUCCACGUGUACAGCUCUGGAUGGCUAGUGGCGUUACCAAGUCCUUGAAAAAGAUCUUGGAAAAUGAAGGAGUGAGAGUCUUGGGAGAAGAGGUUGAUGAUGACACAACAUCCUUUUAUCUUUUAAAUCCACAAGAUAUCUUUAAUUCAGAACUGAAUAUUUUGACAGAGAAAGAUAAACCUAGUGAAAAUUCUGAAUCAUGUUUACCAGAAUCGGAUGCUAGUAAUGUUGUGGAAGCCACAAAGAAAUUUGAAUGGAGAGUGAGUGAAAAAAUUUGUACUAGUGAACCUACAAGUACUGAUGAAUUCAUUAAUGCAAGAGCUAAAGAUACAAACAAGAAAUCUUCUACAGAAGUAGCUUCAGAAAGACUUUGUUUGUGUGUAAGUAUUGCAGAUGAAACUGUGGAUAACACACUUUCUGCUUCAAAAUUAAAUGACUUGUAUGCUAAUACCUUAAACCUGGACAUUUCUACAAUGCUUGCAUAUGUCUCUAACUUGACCAAUGGAAGAGCUUACUAUAAAUUUCAAGAAUUAAUUCUCACAGAUCAAGCGAAGAGGGAGCGAUUACAUCCUGUGAAGCCUCAGCUAGAUAAUUUAUUUAAAGGAAGAAAACUAGUUUGUUGUAAAACUGCACUGGAGGAUUUUCAGCAGAUUGUCAGUACAGUUGGAGGAGAAAAUGAAAAGAACAGAGCAGCAGCACUCAUCAAACAGUUGCAUGUUGUAUCAGACCAAACAUCUGACAAAAGUCUCUCACUGUUUGGUACUGGGCGUAUGCGUCAGCGAUCACAGGUAAUCUUUGGAACUGGUGAUAGUAUACAAGCUGUGACAGUGACAGCCAAUCAGGGAUUUGUUCGUGCAGCUAAAGCUCAGGGUGUUAACUUUGUAGUCUUUUGCCAUGAGUCCAGAGCUCUGACGGAAGUCAAGGAAUCCACAGCACAGUGUAUUUUGCAGGAAGAGUGAAACAAACCCAGUGGAGAUGAACUUUGAUUUUUGUGAUGUACAGGUUAAUGUGGAAAGUGGAUCGAUUCUAACCACAACUGUAUGUACCUAAAACCUUCAUAUAAGGGAAAUGAAUAAAUAUUGUUUAGUUGUGUGUUUGGGUACAAGAGAAUACCUUUAAGAAAUAUACCACUGAAUCUGGAAAACAUGUUUUUAAAUCCUGUCCAUUAAAUUGAUCUAAAAACUAAAGCCUAUGCUUUUCUGGUGUUUGUUUUGCCAACUUUAAUUGUGGACUUGAUAAAAAAAAACAAAAAAAAAAACAAACAACAACAAAAUACAACUUGAUUCUUCAAUUUGAUGUCAGUUUAUACUUUAUUUUAGCAAUUCGAAUUUCAGUUGCACUGUUAAAAAAAUACCUUAAUAUUUUGGCUUAUUUUUAAACUUGUAUUCAAAUGACAGAUUUUAUUGUAAAAAAUGUACUAGUUCAUCAACUGAAUGUCAUUGUAGAUAUCUAAAACUAAUAGCUUACUCAGAUAGCUUUCACCAACUGACAACUUCAAGUUAUUCUUACAUCAAACUGUAUUAUCAACUGAACCAGUUUACUCUGGUAGAGAUAACUACAAUAUUUGUUUGACUAAUGAGUUGGGGUACAGUUCAUUAGGUAUUAGUAACCUAACUUGUUGAGUGUUAUUGAAGAAGAUUGAGUAGAUACAUUAAUGGAUAACAGUAGUUCAGAUCCUUACAUAUUGACUUCAUAAAUGUCAACUUUUAGAAAAUAUAAGAUAUAAGCUAUUAUACUGAAAAUUGAAAAUGCUUACUUAAGUGCUUUAUUUACUGCAUUUUAUAAGUGUAUCCAAUGACUUACUGCAUUUCAUAAGUGUAUGGAUUGUUUCUUUUAAAGAUUAACCAAAAGUUAAUUUCAUUAGUGCAUUCAAUGAUUCUUUAAACUAUUUUGACUUUCUGCAACAAAAGUAGUUGUGCUGUCUUUGAUAUUGUAAUUAUUUUUACAUCAAGAAAAUUAUUACCUUUUUAUUAUUUUCAUCCAAAACUGGGAAUUUUAUUUGGUUGAAAAAUUGUCUUCUGAAGAUGUUAAUGUGAUUUUAGCAUCAACUAUAAAACAUCUGGAUCCAAAUACCAUGCAUUUUCUGUUCUUACCAACAAUUAAUAAUUGUCUGUAAGACUUGUUAUUGGUAGAGAUAGGUAUCCAUGUUGAAGAUCUAAGUGAUGUAAGUAUGUUGUAUAUUACAUUGAAUAUAUUUAAAAUCAUGCAUUUUGUGAUUUGGAGUAAAAUCAGUUAUUCAAAAUUAUUUUAGCUGAUAAUAUGGCUGCUUACCCUAAUAAAUAACUAUGUUGUGCAAAUUAAUACAGUUAAAGUUGCCAAUGGUUCUAAAAGAAUUUCUAUAAGCAAAUAAUAAAUUAUUUUUCAAUAUGAAAAAA